GUCUAUUAAUGCUGACCUAUUAUCAAUGAUUGCGCCACUCUCAUUGGCACCAAAAAGCAUACGAUACUCUUUCAGUCACUACCCGGAAAGGGGGCGACAAUGGCAGGACAGCUGUGAGGAGAUAAGAUGUUCUUGUCAUACCACAUCCUUACUAGUUAGAUUUACUUUCUAACUUCCCUAAACAACCGACAAACCUCAGCGAUGACUUUGAUUCGGAGAUUGAAAUAUCCCCUCGGGGUUCUUCUUUUCUUUAAGUCAUAUUAUUUACAAGCAGAGGCGUACCCAUUAAGCGACUGCGAUAAAUACCAAUAUCCAGGACCGCUCAACCCCAGUUUUGAGUCUGGCGUUCUUGACGGAUGGACAGUUGUAAGCGGUACAGCUUUCGGUCAAGGUUCCAUCGUUGGGGAAACCGAUUCUCGAAGCUGCUGUGGAGAUUUCAACCAAGUUGGUAAUUAUUCUGUUUGGGGUUAUGGGAAUGACGGUGAUCCAGCAAUCGGGGUCCUUCAGUCAUCUUCUUUUCAGGCCAGUUCUGUAACCAGUUUUCUCGUGGGGGGCGGUUGGGAUCCAGUCAAUCUCUAUAUAGGCCUGGUGAGAGACUCCGAUAAUGCGUUACUUCUUAACCAGACUGGAAUGGAUGAUGAAGCUUAUAUCCGGAUUAUCUGGGAUACAAGUGCGUGGGUUGGCCAAAAUGUUCAUAUUGUAGCCUAUGACAACAGCACUUCGAAUUCGUGGGGUCAUAUUAAUAUUGACGAUAUCCGAGUGGGUUGCGCUGCCCUCGGCGAUGGUAAUCUUACUUUCAACAUCCUCGGGCAGGCCAAUCAGCCAGCCGACGGGAGCUUGCCCGAUGCGCAACUAUACAGUGUCGACCCGUUCCGACCACAAUAUCACUAUACACCAUACCAAGGAUGGACCAAUGACCCGUGUGGUCUCUCUCAGCUGAAUGGGACUCAUCAUCUCUUCAAUCAGUUCAAUCCGGAUUCACCAUUUGGCGCACAUAUCUCUUGGUCGCAUGCCAUCAGCUCCGAUGCUGUACACUGGAGGAGGCAGCCAGUUGCUCUCACUCCCCCUUAUAUCGACAUUAACUCGUCAGACAAUAGCGGUCGCUGGACUGGCAGUGCAGUGAAUGACAAUGGAACCUUGCGCCUUCUCUUUACAGACUUUACGGAUACUAAUUUCCAUCCUGGUGCCGAGAGUGAAGUUGUCUCAACAGCAGAUAGCUCUGAUGGCAUUACUUUCCAGCUGUACACUGGGAAUCCUGUUGUUGCCGCACCACCUCCAGACUCUCCAAGCGGCUUUCGUGAUCCUAAAGUAUUUCUAGAUGCAACAGAUAAUACGUGGAAGAUGGUACUUGGAGGCGGUGAUUCUACGAGUGGGAAGAUUUUCUUGUAUUCCACUUCCGACAUGAUAUCCUGGACCUAUAUCGGCGUUUUAAUUGAAGGAGACGGAACCACCGGAACCAUGUGGGAAUGUCCUAAUUUCUUUCCCAUAGGUGACAAGUGGGCGCUCUUUUACGGAGGAAACGGUCAAGGUUGGUGGCACAUAGGGAGCUACAAUGGCACGAACUUUGUUAGCGAAGCGACCGGCUUACUGGAUAUUGGUUCCAUAUAUGCCGCACAAUGGUAUGUUGAUGAGUCGGGUCGCAAUCUACUAAUGGCUUGGAUAUAUAAUUUCGGCACGUACAAAUAUCCAUCCCGAGUCAAUGGUUACGUUGGCGCCACAACUGCCACUCGAGAGCUCUUCCUUCGUGACGAUGGGGGCCUGGGCAGCCGGCUCAUAACGGAGAUUGACAGUCUUGUAACUGGGAACCCUGUUAGCUUUGGGCCACAGACGGUGCAAGAUUCACUCGCUAUUGGACAUAGUUCAACUGGGCGGUUGCAAUUAUCUGUGAAUCUCAAUACGACAACCGCGUCGUCAUUUUCCCUAAAUUUCCUCUCCUCUAGUGCAGAAAAAACUGUUCUCACUUACACUGUGGCCAACAAAACUCUUACGAUAGACACCAGUGAGGCAGGAUAUGGCCCAGGAGGACUUGUGAAUGCAGUUAUUACGAUUCCGGGUAACAAUAUUUUAGGACUGGACAUAUUACUAGAUCGCACGAUCCUGGAAAUAUUUGCUUCAGAUGGGACAGCCAUCACUCAAAGGAUUUAUCCUCGAUAUUUUGAAUCCACCGGCAUUACGAUGGUAGUAGACGAUGGUGCUGUUGCGAUAACGAACAUUACCUUGUCUCAAUACGGAUCUUCGUGGAAUUAA